CUCGGCUCGGUCAGUUACGCGAGUACCAGCGAGCGUUCCGCGUGUCCCGAGUUCGAACCUCGCAGCCGAUGCGUUCCUCGCGAUAAUACGAAGUCACCCGCAGCAAUCGGAACCGGGACUGGGACCGGGACCGGGACCGCGAGCGUUCCCGACCACUCCGCUCCGUCGACGCGACCGGUUGUGCGAUUUUCACGAUUUUUGUGUGCGACGAUUGCGUGCGCCAAGAUCCAGGAUAUCAGGAUAAAGCCAGGAGUAAUGUUCCCGACGAUGCCCAACAUGCUCAGCCACUGAGCUACCACUUUUUUCUCGAGAAGAUUGGAGCGCCUGACAGCGCGGCGGGGCGGCCCCAAUGCCGGUCAGGAAGGGCCUCCUCGCCCCACAGAAUACUUUCCUAGAUACGAUCGCGACCCGCUUCGAUGGAACCCAUAGCAACUUUGUGCUGGGAAAUGCGCAGGUUCCGGCUCUCUACCCGAUCGUUUAUUGCUCCGACGGAUUCUGUGACCUGACAGGAUUCGCGCGAGCGCAAAUCAUGCAGAAGGGUUGCGCUUGCAAGUUUCUCUAUGGCCCGGAAACGAAAGAGGAGGAGAGAGCGAUGAUCGACAAGAGCCUCGAGAGCAAGACCGAGCUGAAGAUGGAGGUCGUGUUUUAUAAGAAGACGGGAACUACGUUCGAUUGCCUGCUCGACAUCGUCCCCAUCAAAAACGAGAAGGGCGACGUCGUUCUGUUCCUGGCCUCGCACAAAGACAUCACCAACACGAAGAACCUUCAGAUUUGUGAGUUACGAGAUAGUGAUGCAAAUGGCGGUCCCGAUCCCGAAGCCCCGCCGGCUAAUUACGGCAGGAGAAGGAGCCGCGCCGUCCUCUACCAGCUCUCCGGCCAUUAUAAACAGGACAAUAAGCACAAAAUUAAAUUGAACAAUAACCUUCUGCAUUCAACCGCCGCACCGUUGCCGGAAUACAAAACCACGGGCAUCAAAAAGUCCCAAUUUGUCUUGAGCCAUUACGGCGGCUUCAAGUCCUGCUGGGACUGGCUGAUACUGCUGGCGACGUUUUAUGUCGCGAUUGUCGUUCCAUUCAACGCGAGCUUCAUCAACAUCGACAGGCCUACGAUGGUCAGCGACGUCGUGGUCGAAGCACUCUUUAUAGUCGAUAUCGUUCUGAAUUUCCGCACGACCUACGUGAACCGGAAAGGCGAGGUGGUCAGCAACAGCAAAAACAUCGCUGCCAACUACAUGAAGGGCUGGUUCAUCGUCGAUCUGGUCGCGGCACUGCCCUUUGAUUUCCUUUACGCUUCGGACGUGUACAGCGGCGAGGAAUCGGGACACGGUAACAUACAUUUGGUAAAGUUGACCAGAUUGCUGAGGCUGGCGCGGUUGCUGCAAAAGAUGGACAGAUACUCGCAGUACAGCGCCGUCAUUUUGACGAUGUUGAUGCUACUUUUCAUCCUGUUGGCGCACUGGAUGGCCUGCGUAUGGUUCGUUAUCGCGGAAAAAGAAAGACUGAAAAACGACAGUGACUGGGACCUCGGUUGGCUUCACACGCUGGCGGAGAGAUUAAAGAUUUCCGUGCAAAAUGUGACUCACGCGGAAAGCUACAUCACAGCAUUGUAUUUCACUUGUAGCAGCUUAACGUCCGUAGGAUUUGGCAACGUGUCGGCCAACACGUUCUCCGAGAAGUUAUUCUCCAUUUGCGCGAUGCUUAUUGGCGCUCUGAUGCAUGCUGUGGUGUUUGGUAACGUGACGGCGAUCAUUCAAAGAAUUUACUCUAGAAGAUCGCUCUACCAAACAAAAUUGCGGGAUCUCAAGGAUUUUUUCGUAUUGCAUCAGAUACCAGACGAACUGAAACAGCGAAUGCAAGACUAUUUCCAGACCAUGUGGUCCCUGAACCACGGUAUCGACAUACACGAGACCCUCGAGCAAUUCCCCGAGGAACUGAGGGGGGACGUCUCGAUGCACCUGCAUCGCGAGAUUUUGAAUUUACCGAUAUUCGCGACCGCCUCCCAAGGUUGCCUCAAACUGCUCUCGCUACGCAUUCGGAAUAAUUUCUGCGCUCCCGGCGAAUAUCUGAUCCACAAGGGGGACGCUCUCUCCUACAUUUACUAUUUGUGCAACGGAUCGAUGGAAGUCGUGCAAAACGACAUGGUCGUGGCGAUUUUAGGGAAAGGCGACUUGGUCGGAUGCGACAUAAACGUUCACCUGCAGCACGGCAGCAACGGGGGUGGAACAGGUGGUUCCGGGUCCGCGGACGUCGUGGUCAAGUCGAGCUGCGACGUGAAAGCGCUUACUUACUGCGAUUUGAAAUGCAUACACAUGCACGGUCUGGUCGAAGUUUUGCGGCUGUACCCGGAGUAUCAGCACGAAUUUGCGCAAGACAUACAGCACGAUCUUACCUACAAUAUACGGGAAGGCUACGAGGCCGAGCAAGAAUCGGAUAUGAACGGACCCUCUUUGACCCUGCCAUCGAUCAGCGAAGACGAUGAAAAUGUACCCGACGAGGGGGAAACUUCUCCUUUAUCGCCGCCAAACAAAUCGCCCCUGCACACAUCGAGCCCACGACACGCCAAGUUCAGGGACGAAUACAGGGAGGGAAGGAGAGCAGGAAGGAGCGUGUUGGCGAGAGGAAGAGCGGCGCAGAUGAUCGCCCAAGAAUCCAUGGAGGAGCAUAUCCGAGGAUCGGUGGAAAGACUCGACACCCAAGUGUCCACUUUGCACCAGGACGUGGCUACGCUAAGUUCCGAGGUGAGGAACGCGAUCCAAGCUCUGCAGAAUCUGACGUACUCGCCGCAAAGCAACCCUAACUUGCCGAUGCCGGCGACCAGAGGCAGCGGAGUUCUGGCGCGAAGCUCGUCGCAUCCACCGGACGCGAUCUGCUGGAAUCCAUCGGUGACAUGGAUGAGCGACGGGUCGACGCAAACCGAAUGGCCGGUGGAUCUUUUCGAGCUGUGGAUUCGAGCGCAUCCUCACCGAGUGCUUAGGAUUCUCGAACUCGAUCCAGACGUUCUUCUGAGGCAGCCACCGUCCCCGACACCCUCGCCGUCGUCGCCACCCCCGCCACCCUACGAACCCCUGUCGCCUGUUGCCGGUACCCCGCCACACUCGCCGACGCCGUCGCAAGGGAGUUGCUCGAUUAUGAUUGCAGGGAACGAGAGCUACGUUUUCGGCAACGGCCACGGUGCCCGACACAUUCCUCCCCGUUCAUACAGACGAACGAAUUCCACGUGGGACCCGGAGAACAAGUCGCACAGAUUCAGCGCCGGCGACGCCGAGAACGUGUCCUAUUGCCAGGCGAUGAACAACGUGCGGGGACUGCCGGAGUCAAGAUCGUUGAAGUUCGAUCCGUUCGACAAAUGAACACCUCCGAGAGCAGACAUAUCAGAUGAUCGGGAAACGAGGAGCUAACCGACCGGCGAACUGUACGUACCCAUGUUUUGUCACGCGGACACCGAUCGAGCGCGAAAUCGAGGAGCGAUCGGCUAUGAAAGCAGCAACGAGACCAGCUAGCGAAAGAUCAUCUAUUCGAAGCGUUCUACGAAGCGUACCCUGUCUACCGACGUCGUGGAAUUCCUAAGGUCCUGCGAGUGAUCAAUGGUCUGUAAUGGUCUAGGCGCGAAACAGAGACAGGCACAGCGCCUUAGUUUCAUCGGUUCGAUAUUUAUGGGCGAGGGCGCGGUCGAAAUUACACCCUCGUUAACGUUAUUUUAUCGCGGCCCGGCUAAGGGUGGCUCUCGCACAGUUGCAGCUAGAAGAGCGCCGGCCGCUAAUUCAUUGCAUUGCGAAAGACGGACGCGCGAGCUAAAUGAUUUUUUAAUGAACGGCAGGAAAUAUGCCUUGAACUCCAUCGGAACGUUUCAGCUUGAACAAAUUCGACGGCUGCUGGCCUCUCUGUCAGAUCGGAACCUCUCUAUUACUCAGGCACGUGUACAAUCAAGAAUUCGAAUUUCAAAGUGUUUCAGACGCGAUGCCGUUUCGUGCAAUGUUCUCGUAUUCGUAACUAAACUGAUUUAACGUAAAACCUAACACGCGACGAUCGACGAAACGUUUUUAUAUGAGAUCUAUUUUUUAACACACCGAUCCCACCAUCCCCUCUUCCGAUGUGUGUAACACGAGCGUCGAUGUAAAUACGUAUCUGGUAAUAUCCUAUUUUUCUUCGGAAGAAUCUCGCUUGUAUCAUUCCAUGUAUGUACGUGUUGCUGUGAUUUUAAUUAACCUAGUUAUCGGGACGGUCUCGUUCAAGUUGUCGCGACGUGUAUCUAAACGUGUUCUAUCCGCGACGUAUGCGCCCCAUAAAUAAAUCAGCAGAUCGCGAAAAGAUCGGUAGUGUUCUCGGGAAUCGAUCGACAAGGGAAAAAUAGAGGAAGGGGGAAGAACGUUCAACGUUUCAUAUCGCAGUCGUCCCCGGCGAUGGGAGGACUUUAAAAAUAUCGCGAAGGAGGGGGGAAACUUUUUAGCGUAGCAAUAACGUGCACAAGAGAUUUCGAUGAUGCAUCCGCCGACGUCCAAAUUAGUGUUAAUAGUCACUGUAAAGUAGCCGUGAAACUCGAACGUGUACUUGUUGCAUUCGAACCCGUUGAUUUUCCUAGUAGAUGACACACAAUGAUGUCGUAUGUAUCAUAGAGAGAUAUGUAUUCGCGCGAGUGUAUAUCCAACUUGUAAGUAAUACUUGGAACGGAUUUCAUGUAAAUAGUAUACAUACGUCGCUAUCGGGAAUAUGUGAUAAGGCACGGCUUUGGCCAUGCACGACAAUUGUAUUUGUUCGUCUUCAAUCGGCAUUUGUGAAAAUCACUUCCCGUUCUCGUCCCUGUUCGUCGCAAAGGGUAUAACUUCGAUCCUCGAGCGGACUUCGACGACGAACAGCUCGAUGAGAAAUCGAUCUUCUGGCGCGGCAGAAGAGAUCCACGAAGAACCGCGUCGGAUACGUGUCGAGUAAUUAUCGGCGCGAGUCCGCUCAGGGGGUUGAAAUACGCGAAAACAUUAUGCAAUAUUAGAGAUCACCUUUCCCAGACCAUAAUCGAACCUUGCCGUUUCAUUGGAGACCAAUAGGAUGAUAUCGUAGGAGAGGAAAAUGUAAAGAAUAAUUGCGAUCGCAAUAACAUCGUGUUUUUACAAAUGCCAAUGGAAGUAGCUGUUUUAUAAAUAUUUCAUAUAUUUUGUUAUACUAUUUCUAUGCUCCUCACCUUUAUCGUUCAAGCUACAACAACAACAACAACAACAACAACAUCUCGUGUAAUGUAACGUUGUCUUAACCUACUUCAUGUAUUCUACACUACUUUUUACACUCUUCGAACGAUGAGAAGGGAAACGCUCGUCGUUCUUUAAUAUAAUACAAAGAGAAUGUCAAUAAGCACAAAAUACGAUUAAAUCAUAACGCUCGAAUCUGAGAAACUCUCUCGAGGACGCUCGUUGGAAAAGUAAAAAAGGGAAAAGAAGAGAUAAUAGAAUGUAUACUGUUAUAAACGAAUUCGACGCUGUACUCAUCGUUGGUACUAAACAAAAAGAAACACGAACGACAAAAGAUGAGAAAAUUGCCUCGCCUUAAGACGCGACAAUGUGUGGAUCAUCGUUGCAUGUACGUACAUACGCGGGCACGUGUGUGUGUAAAGUACAUAAGUGCGCGCAUAACUUUCCCCGUGUAAACUUAGUUAAUAAGUUAACGUCGAGGUGCGAGGAUACCGAAGUUACGAGAAACCUUAGCUAAACUUAAUUAAAUUUUUUAUCGCAAAGGUUUUUAAUCGUACUAGUUUAGAGAGAACUUCGAGAUGCAACGGCCUUAAAAACGAAGAUCUAUUUUUCUCACUGCUCUUGAAAAAUACCGAGAAGGGUUAAAAGAAUCAACAAAAAAACGCGAUACAUAUACAUAUCCUCUGUGUAACCGAGGCGCGACGACCAUUGGUUUUCGUUUCGGGAGAGUAUCGAAUAUCAAAACACUAUGCUUGAACGCGUUUCACCGUCUGCCUCUCCGUUCCGAGAACCGGCAACGCGAAAAAUAUCUCACCGUAUUCAAUUAUUCAAAUCCCUAUAUACUCAACCGUUUUCGCGAGCGAAAUAUUAUCGAACGAAUCAUUUAUUCUAACCACGAUCGAGAAUGAAUGUUUUAAUGGCGUCGAGUACACCCAGUUUAUCAUAUCACUCGUACGGAUUACACAUCGGCUGGGAAUUAUUCAUAUAUUGUAUAAACACAGAAAACAAAAAGGAAGCUACAAUUCUAAAACGAUAGAAAUAUAUUUCUAGUUACACGGUCUGGGAGCAGAGUUGGGCAUUAAUCGAUCAUUAAUUAAUGAAGGUAUUGCGAUCGAUUGGUUGACCAGAUGCUUAGGAUGAUUGAAACGAAUUACGUGCUCGUCAAAAAUAGUAACUGAUUUGAUCCGGUGAUUAAAACCUUAAUGGCCCGUCCAAUCGGCGAUUAAACAUUUAAUAGUUUAGUUAAUUGCGAGUAUGUGUACAUCGGUUAAAUUAUAAAGUUAAUCGUUAACUGCAUUAAAUAUUGCCCAACUCUGUCUGGGAGUAACGAGAUCCUGAAAGUAUCUUUGUUAACGAAUCUAGUUGCUUGAUAACGUGCAGAAAAUUUUGCAGAAUGCUUUCACACGGCCGCCGUUUCAGUUUCUAUCUUGUGCCUAUUGUAAAAAUCUUUUCUGCGAUUGUUUCAAGGAAAUGCCGCGUUACAUUUUAAUGUGCGUAUCACACUUUUUAAUUACACAGAGAAAUAACGAUAAAUAGCGGACACAGUCGACAACUGCAAAACCAAUCUACAUUUCGGAAAUAUUUCAAAUGUUUGUAAAUAUUCUUGAAUGCUUAUUGUACAGUGUGCAUCGUAUAAUUGGCAUCCUUCGUUCAUUCGUCUCAUUAUGACAACUGACAAAUAAAAAUAAUCAUUGAAACAUAAAA